UGCAGAAGAUUGUAUUGAAGUCAGCGGUUAGGGUACGCAAAGGCGAGUGACGCACAUGAAACAGACUGUCUCGAGCAACAGACACGAAAGUGGGGUCAUGUUAUAUGGUAGGCCUCACUGCUUACAUGCCUUAGUCGGGCAUCAACAUCCAGCGCGUCCCUCCCAACGUGAAUUCUCGGCGUUUAUCUAUUAAACUUGGAAGUGCAUUCUGGGACAAUUUCAAGUUGCCCUCUGGCUAGGUAUCCGCGAUACACCGAUCCUAUGGCGCCGCUUCUUGAGUCCGUCUUCAACCACAUCGUCCUGCCGCCCAAACUUCCGGCAUGUCAAGAAUCCGACCUCGACGCUGUUGAGCACAACAUAUUGACGCGUCUCCUUCAUUCCUGCGACACCUUGGGCGCGCUGCCCGGACAAGAGACUCAUGAAGCCUGGCAAUCCGUUCGCCGGCCGCUUCUAGGGUGCCUCGAUUUCCACCAGGAUCGCUUCGACCGGGCGUCCCUACGUCAUGCCUUCUCGAGGUUGGAUGCUGGUUGCCCCGUGAUUUUGCACAUAGCGGAACAGAACUGUGCCAUUAUCAUUCGACUUGUGCCGCAGGACCUCGGCGAGGACGACGUGAUCUUCGAAAGCUUCGAAGCCUCGGCGUCUUCCAAGGAUGUCCUCGCUGCCGAGGGCGCUCUGCAGUGGGACUUCCCCGGUAGAGCUGCGCGAAUACCGCUGGUCAAGUUCUCGGAUCCAUCCUUUAUGGAGAGCUUGGCCACCUUCAUCGAGCAAGCCAGCACUGAGUCGCUUGACCGUUUCGCGGCCCACAGUCGUAAGGCCAAUGUGUCAGUUCCGGAAGUCAGAGACACGGCCGAUCCUGCUCUGAUCACCCAGAUGCUCUUACCAUUGCUCGAGGCAGUUGGCUCUUCUGUCGAUGUUCCAAAGCUCCGGAAGCGGGUUCGAGACGACGUCAGCUUCCACAAGGCAUUACUUCCCUGGCGCCGCUUGCCAUUUUGGCUUGUUCUCCGCGUCGCCAUCCAGCGUCAUCUCUGCCUAACUCUAGGGAACGAGAACGGGCGCACUUGCUACAAGUUUCUGAUCUGUACUCUGCUUUCUGAGAUUCUGAUGGACAGCGCCCGCCAGCUGUCCCCCGAGUUGACCGUCUUGCUGAGGGCCAAGCUCUGCCGCCGUCUCGCAAAGCUGGAAAUGGAGAAGUCAAAGGCAUCCCCAGAGGCCAGAAUCACAUACCACCGGCUGUUCGACUCCACAUCGUUCUUCUUUACCGACGCUAUCCGGGGUGCAACAUCCCAAGUUGAAACGGCCUGGCGCCGUUAUAGAAAGGAAAUCACGCCGAGUGUCCCCAAACUUCCUCUCCGAGCCCCCGAGCGUAGCUUUCGUCUCGCUCUCAAUAAUAGCCGUGUAUACUUGAAUAAAGUCCUGCACUUGGCAAACCGGAGGAAAAAGGGUGCAGCUAUGCAGGCGGCGGUGGAAGUAGACUGCAAUAUGAUCACGGACCGGGUCCAGCAGUUUACCCACAGAUGCUUCGAGCUGGCCCAGCUCGAAGAGCGCAUUGAACAAGACCAAACGCCUGCAACGAAGGUUGCAGACUGUCUUGCCUUAGCGCAGAGGAUCAUCAACCUCGCUUGCGCAACGGAGGGUGCUUUCGACCCCGAAUCCGGCCCGGGACAGGCCAGCAUCUCCAUCCUGAAUCUUUUCGACUUGUGGACCAAAAUGGACAGAUGUGCCGUGGCACAAUGCCCCUUGCUUAAGGAAUACCACCCAGGCUUCCAUCCCGAACUCCUUGACGUCCUACAACUCGCAACUCCCAAGGAGAUGGAGCGCCUCAAACGAAUCCAGAAGUACCUCCUGGACAGGUGUACACGGUGCCAGUUUGGCGCGAAAACCAUAAUGAGUGGCCCUGACAAGAACUCCUUUACCACGCGGUUUGUGGCAGCGUCGACUCCUUUGGAACACUUGCGAGGCCGGAUCAAGGUCGCGUCCCAGCGGGCGAAGGAUGUUGCCGAGUCCAGCUGGAAAAGGGCUUACGACGAGUACGACGUCCUCAGCGAAAGGCUAUACGCUAGUGCUUGUUCCUGUACCAAAAAAGCAAACGGGAGCUAUGACCGUCGUAAAUGCGAACGAUGCCAAUGUCGCAGGAAGCGGAAGAAGUUGAAAGUCUCGGUACAUGAAGAUUUCCUACCCUUCGAGUCCCAUCUUAGCGCUGCGGUCGUGUUCGAACUUGAUCCCCCACGCUACCUCGCUGCCUAUCGGGACGCGACUUGGAUCCUGAUUCGCGAACUCGCGCAUCCAAGUCGACCGCCGGCGCCUUCGUCAUCACCACAUAUGCAUCUGAAGGAGUACAAACCGCUCAAACCUUUCGGCCAGCCCGAGUCACGAAUCAUCUCCAUCGCCUCGGCCAAGAAGUCCUUUCUUCAGUCACACUACAAACAGGUCAAAAUGAAGGCCGAAAAGAGCGCCGUUCUUCUACCACAUGGUCCCGACUACCGGCUCUACGACGCGAAGGCAAAGACUUGGGUUGGCGAUCUCAGCAAGCCACUGACAUUCGGUCAUCUCUGUGGCAUUCACAUGCCGCCCGCUCUGAAAAGCUCCGUCUUCCCGCCACAGGAGCACCCUCAUCACGACCCCGACGGCCCAUCAUCGUACGAGGCCAUCGCCAACCGAGUGAAAUGCCCCACGGGCAUGUCGGUGCACGAAUUCGCGGCGUACCAGAGGCUGUUUUCAGGGCGCUCACGCCGCUGGCUGUCCGUGCUCGCCGAGCUGGGCUCCCCCAACCUCAACUUUAGCAGCGAAGACGCCAUGCAUGUUAUCGGCCAGCUCGCCACCCAGGCCGGCCCUUCGCGACAACAUAGCGGCGUUCUGAGGGAUGUCCACGUGGUAUUCCAGGACCGUUCGUUCUGUGCCCGCUUGGCGGAGCAAAUCGGACGGCGUCUUCGUAUGAUAUACUCCAACUGGCGGGAGACAUGCUGCAUGGAAAUGCUCAUCACCUUGAGUCUCCGACUCUUCCGCCUGGCCGCCGACCGGGCUGACCGCGACGCUGCGCACGAGCUGAUCAAGACGGCUCGCGAGGCCACGUUGGGGUGGAUCGCCCAGAUCCGCGAGGACUUGUGGAACAGCGCCGAGGCGAGCGCGGCCGAAGCGAUUGCGAGGUAUGGUGUCUGGGCCUGUCUUCUCUGCCGGCGGACUUUUGCCACAUUUGAAGACCCGAGCCCAGGGGAGAUGUCAGCCGAGGAACUGGACGGGUUUACGCAGGCCUCGGUGGCUUUGCAACAGAAUUUGGUGGUGGACCUCGGGAGACUCUCGCCGAGCUUGAAGAGCAUGAUGGCUCGUGAUAUGAAGAUGGCAUACAGAAUUCGGCAGGUUGUGGAAGCAGCUAUACGGCUCUGUCCACUUGGUUUGAAUCGGGGCAUCGGGAGAACUUGGUCAGACACUCACACUGACACAACCGAUCCGGGGUCUGCCGCCGACUCCAGAUUUGGCAGCUGGGAAUUUGUCUCGUCUCGCGGCGGCGGCCAAUGGAUAACAUGCGUAACCAAGGCGACGGGUACCUUGUCUUUGACUCAGAGACUCCAUUACAAUUACAUCGAUGGGCGGUUCUUGGUGAACGGCAGCCACAUCGGAAAACUGCCACUUGCUAUCAGGGAUUCUGAGGACGUCAAGGAGCUCUUCGGGGACCGGCAUCUUCUGACCUUUCCAUCGUCGCGUUUCGGCAUGAGCCAUGUUCUGGCGAGGCGCCAAAAAGGGCAAACGAUUCACUUUGGCCUCCGCGGGACGCGGGUGGUUAUCCAGGCGGUUGUUGGCAGGGAGGCCUGGGAACACGUCCCCAGCCAUAUAUUUUCCGGUUCCUCCACAUGGGAUUUGCCUCUCGGCCUCAUCGAAAACUGCGUGCACUGGCUGAAUCUGCGUUCGGGCUGCCUGGAGAUCCGGAGGAAGACUUUUGCCUGGCGCACCAGGUCGAACGACUGGGUUCUGGAUGUCAAGAAGCGUCAGGCGCGGCGAUCCAACGUCUUAUUAGUCAGUCCAUACUCGGACCUUGGCCAGACAAUUGCGGGCAUAUUGGGCAACUUUGAAGACGCACGCAAACUGACUAUCUUCCAACCAUUACACCCUAACGGCAGGCCCUCGGUCGAGCUCCGAAAUCUAGCCCUCAGUUUCUUCGUCAACAAACGGUGCCUGCUACAAUGCCGAGAAUUGCGCGCCGAGAUCGAUCCGAACCAGGACGCGGGAACCCUUUACGGCUUCCGGAGCGGGCUUGUGCUACGCGGCGUCCCAUGUCGUGAUGAGAGGAGCAUCAUCGCGCCUCUCGGAGCGGUUAGUUGGAGACUUGAUGGGAUACAUGUUAAUGUCCGUGCGAGUAGUGCCGACCACUAUGGUAGGUUCGGCAUCGACGAGAUCCUCGGACAACUGACUUGCCCCCCCGAACCCCGACUGUUGUACACCAAGGCACUUCUCCAUGCCCUCACCUCGUUCUCCCUGCCCGACGACCUGACUCGGCGGACCGGCACCGAGGAAGCCCUGCGGACGCUUGAAUCGGGUCGCUGUCAACCGUGGCAACCGAUCGGUGGCGGCGCCAUCGCAAGUCUCUUGGCCAUCAAAGGACUGGCUCCGGAUCGAUACUACUACCCACCGGACAAGCGGUGUCUGCAGACCGUGGACUGGGAUCACUCACUCACCAUGACUAUACAACAUGACAGUUAUGAGUCGGUGGUCAGCGGUAUCCUAAAGAAGUCGGAGCAGCUCCGGGCCUUUGCGGAGAACAACAACCAGGCACUCGAUUCUCCGGUAGGCCCAUCCUCCUGGCUCAGGCGUCGUGCCGAAACCCGUCGUCUUUCCUACGAGCGUCGCUUUUCUCACCCAUCAGACCCAGUCCCAGCCCGGAAAGACAGCAUAUACCAGCCUCGAGAUCGACAAACGACACUGCCAGCGGCGACCCAUGUCUACCAAGUGACCCGUCUUCUUCACCAUAACACACGGAAAUUUCACAUGGCGAUGCCCUUGAAAAACGUCCUCCAGGACUGGAAGUGGAUUGGUGGCUUUCACCACACCCAGGAGAGCAACACUGUGCCCCCGCUCGCCGACCUCGUGAGCGGCAACAUGGCGGAAAGAUGGGGCACCUUGGUCGACGCGUUCCGCCACGCUGACCGCAAAGACCCAUACAGGCCACUAUUCAAGCUUGCCCUCCUGUCCUUUGCCCCAGACACAAAGAGAGACGUUCUGAGAUUCCUGGCCGCUUGUUACGCUCUGGAGGAACUGGCGGUUGUUGAGCCACCUAGGUAUCCUUCGUUUACCGGCUUCCAGGUCGGCGAGGUGCCGAAGCUGGGUUCGCUCGAGGUCACGAUAUCGAAGGCCUAUAGCGAGUCCGACUUUGCCGUCGCUGUCAAACAUACUGGCGGGACCUCCCUCUCCGCCGUGGAAGGAGUUCAAGCUGAGCGCCUGCGCCAUUGCAAAGAAGACGCCGUCCGUCUUGCCUCCUUCAUUCUUCGACAGUGGCCUUGCCCCAAACCGUCCAUUGAGGGCUUCGAAGCCGAGGAGCUCGACGUCCAGAGAGCUGCCGAGUUGGUCUUGCCCGAGUGGCGGCGGCUUUACCGAAACCUGAUGCUCUCGGAAUAUCUCGACAAGGUCCAGAAGAUACUGAACAAGUAUCAAUGCAAAGCGGACAGAUCUAUCCCGGCGCCUUGGUGCUGCCGGCCCUCACCUUUCCUUGUUGUACGGAGCGGCGGGCCUCCCGUGCCUUCACUCGCUGGAGACCCUUUCCUCGAAAGAGCCUCCCAUUUACACGCCUCACUUGCCCGUCAUGGCGGAGGUUCAGCCCAGGAACAGGGACCCGAGGCAACAACUCAAAUCUCUCGACGCAUUCAGGGCAACGCGGCCGUCACGGCUCCGCGCAAAGCUAGAGAAGCAGAUAUGCUGCGUACUGUCUUGUUACCGUUUGUUGCUUCUUCCGACAACACACGGAAGGAGUACGGCAACAGUUUGAUGAGCAGUCUCGCAGCGCUCGAGACGACUUCCCGCUGUGAGGACGUCGAGGAGGGGGUUCCCGGUAUACAAAUGAUUCAGGCUCGAAUCCUCUAUGCACGAUUUGACAUGGACGACCAACUCAGGGCGGCCAUUACGGCCUUUUCCAGCGAGGACUCACGUUUCCGAUGGCUUGGGUUAGGCGAUUUAUGGGUGUGGACCAACCCGGUCUCGACUCUUGAGCUCUUACGAUCCGGUGACAGGUCUCGCUUGGGACAGGCUGCGAGGGAGCUGCUGGUUUCGUACGGGUUGAGUGUCGUGCGGUUCCAGCGACUCCAGCGGAUCAAGUCGGCCCAGCUGCGAGGAGACAUAUCCAAGGCUGCGAGGGAAUGGAGAAAUAUCGGCCACACGGGGUGGAGUCCUUUGGAAUUCCCAGACUGGUUGCUUCUCGAGAUCGAGAGCAACAUGCUCAUCCGUCCGGAGCAAGUGGAAGUGGCACGCGCCAUCAUCGCGCCAACUUCGGGAUCCAACUCGGUCCUCCAGAUGAACAUGGGCAGCGGCAAGACCUCGUGCAUCGUGCCCAUGGCCAUGUCCGUCUUAGCGGACGGAGGCCAGCUGGCGCGCCUAGUCGUACCCAAGGCGUUGCUCUCGCAAACGGCGCAGAUUAUACAAACGCGGCUUGGUGGGCUGGUCGGUCGCGAUAUAACACACUUGCCCUUCUCCCGCCGUACCCCGACCGGCCAGGAAGCACCGACAAUGCUUCCCUUAUACUCGGAACUCCACGAGCAGGCUAGGCACCGACGUGGCAUCAUGCUAACCACGCCAGAGCAUAUCCUAUCCUACAAGCUCGGCGGAUUGCAGCGGUUGGCCGACAUGCGUCUUGAUGAGGCACGGGACAUGAUAAAGUAUCAAGCACGGUUGUCCGAGACCUCCCGCGAUGUCCUUGAUGAGUCCGACUUCACCCUGGCGGUCAAGACGCAGCUAGUAUACCCGAGCGGCCCGCAGCUGCCAUUGGAUGGACACCCCUACCGAUGGGUGACGAUACAGGCCAUCCUGUCGCUGGUUGAGGACCACCUCCCGGGGAUUCGGAACGACUUCCCGCAAGGUCUCGAACUCUCCGAAAGACCGGGUGGGUUUCCUGGGACGCACUUUCUACAGACAGAGGCUGAGGAUGAGCUGAACAGCCGCGUUGCGAGGGACAUCAGCAGCGGGAGGACCACCGUCCUUGCCCUGGCAAACCCGGAGCGGCCAUUCCCCUGUGCUCUGGUCAAACGGAUCCUAUUAACACGCGACAAGGGAAUCGACUCGAACUUGGUCGAGGAAUUCGCAAGUCACUUUCCCAACCCAAAGAUAGCGUCCGACAACAUUCUCCUGGUCCGCGGGCUUCUAGAAAAACGCAUCCUCCUGCUCUGCCUAAAGAAGCGAUGGAAUGUGCAGUACGGCUUCCACCCCGGGAGACCCCCCGUCGCCGUUCCGUUCGAUGCCAAGGGAGUGCCAUCGGAGCAGUCGGAAUUCGGCCAUCCUGACGUGGCCCUCCUUCUGACCUGCCUGUCUUUCUACUAUACAGGACUCACCCCUGCCCAGUUCCGCGCGGGACUACAACACGUCUUGGGUUCUGGAGACCCAGCAACCGAGUAUGACCGGUGGACCCGGGGCUUCAGUUCCUUGCCGGAGCAUCUAAGGCACUGGAAUGCUAUCAACUCUGAGCACCAGCAACAAUUCGAUGAGCUUUGGAGCAGGCUCCGACUCAACAGGAGCGUCCUGGACCACUACAUGAAUACCUUUGUCUUCCCAGCCCACGCGCGGCAAUUCGAGGUCAAGAUCCAGGCGUCUGGGUGGGAUCUUCCCCUGCUACCCCUAUCAUCGGGUCCUUCCCACCUCAGCACUGUGACUUCUCGUGCCAUAUCGACCGGAUUUAGUGGGACAAACGACAGCAGAAUGCUACUUCCGUUAACGAUCAAGCAGGAUGACCUACCGAGUCUACACCAAACGAAUGCCGAAGUCCUCACUUACCUCCUACAGCCGCGCAAUCAAGAGUACCACCACGCGCCGUGGCACAUAAACAAGGAGGAAGGGCUGCUGGAGGAACUCUCACAAAAAGGGAUCAGAGUUUUGAUUGACGCCGGCGCCUACGUCCUCGAGCAAGACAACGAGACCCUCGUCAAAGCAUGGCUUGCUAAGGACACUUGGGCACAAGCAGCCGUGUACUUUGGCGCGGAUAGCCGUGCUUGGGUGCAGUAUCGGAGCAACAAAAAGGCCCCCCUAGUUGCCACGCCGUUUGCCGAAGCCUUGGAUGAAUGCCUCGUCUAUCUCGACGAAGCUCACACCAGGGGCGUCGACCUGAAGCUGCCCCGACACGCUCGCGGGGCCCUUACUCUGGCUCUUGGCCAAACCAAAGAUCAUACUGUUCAAGCGGCCAUGCGGCUCCGGGAACUUGGCAGUACGCAAGCCGUUGUAUUUUUCGCCCCUCCCGAAGUGCAUCAGAGCAUUCUCGAUGUCUGCGGGCUCCAAAGCCACCAAGCCGUCAACUCGUCGCACGUCAUCGCUUGGCUCUUGGAACAGACGUGCCGAGUCAACAGCCAACUACGGGACUUAUAUCUCGCCCAGGGUUACGACUUCUGCCGUCGUUCCAAUUCCCAGCUUGUCCAUGGCGACUUUCUCACAGACUCGUCCCACCGUAGCGCAUUCCUGAACUCGAUCCGCCGGCCCGAACGGCAGACCCUUGGGGAGAUGUAUGGUGCCGAAACAGGCAUUGCUUCACAGCCUGUUGCAGAGCCGUUAGCCUCCGACAAGCUGAGUGAAUUUAUGCGAGAGCUGGAUAAACAACAAGGCGUGGGUGACAGAGGGGUGGGGUGGGAGGGCCAAGAUUCUGCUUUCGAUGAGGAGGUCGAGCAAGAACGCGAGGUUGAGAGGUUCCAAGCCGAACAUGUCCAGCAAAAGCAACAUCGGCCGAGCUAUGAUGCUCUCUGCUUCCCCGGCCUUCACAAGAGCAUUGUUCACUUUGUCAACACGGGCGAACUCAGUGGCGGAAAGGGUUAUCGGCAUGCCUUUGAUGCGAUGGCGAGCACGAGUACCGGCAAAAAGCAUCGCGUCAAGCCAACAAAGUCGCAACUGUUCGUUUCGACCGAGUAUAUGCGAACCAUUGCGCUUCAAGGCAUUUCCGAAAUCGAUAGCUUCCUGCGGCCCGUCGAAUGGAUCCUAUGGAACCCAACCAAGCAAGUCGCGCUCAUCGUAGUGCCCGAAGAGACGGAACUUCUAAUCCCCAUGCUCCGCGACAAGACGGGCGGCGGGAAACAAAGCUCAUCAAAGGUCCAUCUCAUCACCUACAUGGCGCCCCUCACCCGCGACAUGUCACACUUCGACCGCCUGACCUUCUACGCUCUCCCACCUCUAGCCACAGACCACCAAGUCCCCGACUGGCUCUCAGUAGAGCUCGGCAUCUUCGCCGGCCGCAUGUAUGCCGACUUUGCCGGCUGCACCGCCCUGCGGCGAUACAUGGAGCGCCCCAUGUCGGCGGGCGAGGACUCGGACUCGGAAGCCGCCGCCGCCGCCUUCUCGGCCAACCCCGCGGGCUUCCUGCUCGAGUGGCUGGCGCUGCGCCGCGGGGGCGGCGGCGGCCAGAACGUCACGCACACGCCCGUCGGCUACGUCUGCCAGGGACGGCCGCUGCGCGAGGACCACCCUUUCUUCGCCGCGGCGGCGCGGCAAGAGCGUUGGGUGAGCACGAGCAGCAACGUGGACCCGCACGUCGCGUCUUUGAGAGCUGCUGCUGCUGCCGCGGGUGAUGAGGAUGGGGGGGACGACGGGUCGGAUGAGGAUGAGUGGGCCACGGUGGACCACGAAGUUUGAUUUCCUUCGGCAGGCAGGGGAAUUGGAAAGUUUCCAGGAGGAAUAUGCUCGUUCCAGGUCAUGGCACACACCCUUUUUAUGUUGCGCUACCCCAUUACCUACGCAGAAUACGUACGACGCGGGUCUUGACGGUCAGCAUCUCGCUCCGCCGGUGUCCGAGGGCAUGGGAUACGUGAUCGGCGUUUUCGCGAUGGAGGUCAUUCUCGCCCGCGUGCACAGCAACGGGUCGUUGGUUCCAGG